UCUUGAUACUACGGGUUUUCCCCACGUGAGCGUAGGGAUCUUGCGCUAUAUAAGAGGUCCGGCCGGAUGUCACGUCCUCUCUCGGGUCCUCGCUUCCAAGAUGACCAAAAAAAGAAGGAAUAAUGGUCGUGCGAAAAAGGGCCGCGGGCAUGUGCAGCCUAUUCGUUGCACGAACUGUGCCAGGUGUGUGCCCAAGGACAAGGCCAUUAAGAAGUUCGUCAUUCGAAACAUCGUGGAGGCCGCAGCCGUCAGGGACAUUUCCGAAGCAAGUGUUUUCGACGCUUAUGUGCUUCCCAAGCUGUAUGUGAAGCUGCAUUACUGUGUGAGUUGUGCCAUUCACAGCAAGGUAGUCAGGAAUCGAUCUCGUGAAGCCCGGAAGGACCGGACACCCCCACCUCGUUUUAGACCUGCUGGUGCUGCCCCACGACCUCCACCAAAGCCCAUGUAAGGAACUGCAUCCUUAAUGAGUGAAGAAAAUCUAUCUUCUGGAAAAAAAUAAAAUGGAAAUUAUAAUUCA